AUGGCCCAAAACGUAAAUGAAGCGAAGCCGAAAUCAUCAACUGAACUGGCCAAAUUUGAUGCCUUGUUUCCGGAGCUUGUUGGGGAUUUGACAAAGAAUGAAAUGAAGAAUCCUGAAAUAGCAGAUGCUUUCAUUUGGUUCAAAGAGGUUUUACAUUAUAAUGUACCCUUUGGAGAGAAAACAAGUGGAGUUUCCGUUGUGACAUCGUACAAGCAUUUGGUGCCGCAGGCUUCAGAAGCAGAUAUGAAAAUUGCUCGCGUCCUGGGAUGGUGUAUAGAACUGCUGCAGGCAUGUUCCUUGAUUAUGGACGAUGUCGAGGACAACUCAGUGACCCGCAGAGGGCGGCCAUGUUGGUAUAAAAAGGAGGAAGUUGGACUGACAGCUGUGAAUGACGCAUCGUUUCUGGAAUGCACCGUCUACAGUCUGCUGAAGAAAUACAUCAGAGACAAGCCUUACUACUUAUCGAUUCUGGAACUGUUUCUGCAGACGACAUGUCAGACGGUAACAGGUCAGUGCUUGGAUCUGAUAACGGGUGCAUCCGGAGAGGUUGAUUUCUCCAAGUUCACAAUGGAGAGGUACAGUGCCAUCGUCAAGUGGAAGACAGGUUUCCAUUCAUUCUAUCUUCCCGUGGCUGUUGCUAUGCACAUGGCUGGGAUCUCGGACGAUGAAUCACACGCACAAGUAAUGCCAGUUUUAUUACAAAUGGGCCAUUUCUAUCAAAUCCAAAAUGAUUACCUCGACUGUUAUGGAGCUCCCGAGAUCACAGGAAAAGUGGGAACUGACAUACAGGACAACAAGUGUAGCUGGCUAAUUGUGAAAGCGUUAGAGAUUGCUUCAGAUGAACAGAAAGAGGCGCUUAAGCUGAAUCUUGAAGAUAUCUAUAAACAGUGUGAAGAGAACAGCUAUCAAGACUGUAUUCAUUUAAUUUACUCUAUGGACUCUGUAGUACCCAAGACAGUAUUUCUAGAUUUUGUUAAUAUGAUAUACAAACGUUAG